GUGUUUGUUGCUUCCAACUUUUUCCACAUAUGCAUCUCCAUCACUCUGUCCAAAAUAUCUUCAAUCAUCUUCCUUAUCAAGACUUUGUACAAAAAAAACUUGACUUCCAUUCCCAACUGUUGAGUCAAGCAAAUUCCCACAUUACAAGAACACACAAUGGCAUAGAUCAAAAUUAACAGCCAUGGAUAAUAACAUUUUGGUCUACAUUUUCUUCUUUCUGAUCUCUCUCCUUUUGGGCCUCAAACUUUUGCUACACCAUGGCAAAAACCUUCCACCAACCCCACUCUUUUCCCUUCCAUUAAUAGGCCAUCUCCAUCUCCUCAAACACCCUAUCCACCAAACCCUUCACAGCCUCUCAAAAAAGUAUGGCCAUGUCUUUUCUCUCCGAUUCGGCUCCCAUCUCGUUGUAGUUAUAUCAUCUCCUUCCGCUGUUCGUGAAUGCUUCACAAAAAACGACAUCAUUCUCGCAAAUCGACCAUUCUUAAACACCGGAAAGCACCUAUCAUACAACUUCACGGUACUUGCCGUCGCCCCAUAUGGAGAGCUUUGGCGUCGCCUUCGCCGCAUUAGUACUUGUGAGAUUUUCUCCACAAGUAAACUCAAUUCAUUCUCAUGUAUAAGACAAGAUGAAGUGAAGCGAUUGUUGCAUAAAUUGUGUAAUCGCAAUUCGGUCGAAGAAUUACUAUUGUUUUCAGCUGUGGAACUGGAGCCAAUAUUGUUGGAUUUUACAUCUAAUAUUGUCAUGAGGAUGGUUGGGGGAAAAAGGUAUUUCGGAGAUGAUGUGUUGGAUGAAGGACAAGCUGAGAAAUUUAGAGAUGUUGUGAAGAGAGUGAUGUUGUAUGCUGGGGCAACUAAUCCAGGAGAUUUUAUACCAUUAUGGAAUUGGAUUGAUCCAACUGGUCUGGAGAAGAAGAUCAUGAAAGUUGGGGAAGAAGCUGAUGAAAUAUUUCAAGGUUUGAUUGAUGAGAUUAGGAAUGAAGAAGAAGAUGGGAACACUAUGAUUCAUCAUUUACUUCACUUGCAGAAUACUCAACCAGAAUACUUCAGUGACCAAAUCAUCAAAGGCCUCAUACAUGUUAUAUUUUUAGCAGGAAUUGAUACAAUAUCUGUGACAUUAGAAUGGGGACUCUCGCACUUGCUCAACAAUCCAAAGGUAAUAAAGAAAGCGAGACUUGAGAUAGAACAUAUUGUUGGACAAGAACGUCUAGUCAACGAAGAUGAUUUAUCAAGUUUGAGUUAUUUGCAAGGAAUAAUCUUAGAAACUUUGCGACUAACCCCAGCAGCCCCUCUACUUGUGCCUCACUGUGCAUCCGAAGAUUGCCAAAUCGAAGGGUAUGACAUACCACGGGGCACGAUCAUAUUUGUUAACGCUUGGGCAAUACAUAGAGAUUCAAGUCUAUGGGAAGAUGUCACUAGUUUUAAGCCAGAAAGGCAUGAAAAUGCAAUAGAAUUGUCUGAUUCAUACAAACUAUUACCAUUUGGGUUGGGGAGGAGGGCAUGCCCUGGUGUAGGAAUGGCUCAACGUGUGCUUGGCUUGACAUUGGCAUCAUUAAUUCAAUGCUUUGAUUGGGAAAGAAUGGAUAGCUCAUUAGUUGACAUGACUGAAGGCCAAGGAAUCACUAUGCCAAAAGCUCAACCCUUGGUAGCCAAGUGUAAACCACGCCCUAUUAUGAGAGCUCAUCUUUCAUAGUGAAGUUUUUCACCCCAUUUAAAUAUUAGUCCAACCAUCUCUAAAGGGAAGAGAUUAAAAUUAAAGGUUGUUAUCAUAAUUAUCAUUCUUGAGAAUGUUUUGCUAUUAAUUUAUGGUAAGCAUCUUGUAUGUAACAUUUCUAAAUUAAGUUAUAAAAAUCAUUAUCAUGAGUGCAUACAUGUAUAUUA